GUCUGUGUACGUGUGUAUUAGAAAGUCUGUGUUGCUGAAAAGCUAUACAUUUGAGUGCCAUGCAUAUUUGAGCUGUUGAAAAGCUAUACAUUUGAGUGCCAUGCAUAUUUGAGCUGUUGAAAAGCUAUACAUUUGAGUGCCAUGCAUAUUUGAACAACAGGAUUGAAACUGGAGCAAAGUUACAAGGGUGGCAGAAAAACAACAUUCCAAGCGGAGGCUAGAAGCGGAAUGGAAGUACAACCCUGUGACAUGUAUUUUAUUGGAGGCUGGUAUAAUACAAGUAUAAAAUAUUACAGGGGUGGCAGAAAAACAACGUUCCAAACGGAGCCUAAGAAAACUUUUUCGAUCGGUUUCGGGGGCUUUGUCGGCCCAGAUUUUGGCCCCGUCCACCAUCAUCGGACACGCUUUCUUUUCACUCAGUCGAACCAACCUUGCCUCUCUCUCUCACCCCUUCUCAUCUUCUUUCCCCCGAGAAUUCUCCCGACGGACCCAGCAAUCAGUCUCCGCAUCCCCCUCUUCCCCACCACGCGAAGCAAACGCCGCAGGCCGCGCGGACGCCGGCCGGCGAGAUUGCUUUUGUGCGAUGAGCUGGAGAAUUCCUCUUUUCGGCAGCUCUCAGCAGCAGCAGCAGCAGCAGCAGCAGCAACCUGAACCUAAUUUCCCGAACAUAUCAACGCAAUCUUGGUACCCACCCUCGGUAGGUGGUUCAUCUUCACUUCCAUCCACACCCAGCUCUUCCGGUGCUAGUCCACACCAAAGAGCUUCUGAUCAUCCUCAGCCUUCUUCACGUGGUCAACCGUCUCCAGCUGAAGCUGCAGGGAUAAUUGCUCGUUUGAGGGAUAGGAGUGUUGAUGAGCUGCAGAGGCUGUUAAAGGACAAAGAGUCAUAUAAUGCUUUUUUCAAUUCACUUGACCAAGUUAAAACACAGAACAAUUUACGCGAUGAGCUUAGAAAGGAGACCCUGCAGCUUGCGAGAGAAAAUUUAGAAAAGGAGCAGCGGAUUUUAGAGCUCAGGAAUCAGUGCACUAUAAUCAGAACUACGGAACUAGCUGCUGCUGAGGAUAGGUUGGCUGAGUUAGAAAGGCAAAAGGAUGAGAUUAUGAAGUCCUAUUCCCCUGCUGCGCUGCUGGACAAGCUGCAGAGUACAAUGGCGAAGCUGGACGAGGAGUCGGAGGAGCUGCACCAGAAGUUCCUGGAGAAGGACGUCGACCUGCCGACCUUCGUGCAGAAGUACAAGAAGCUCCGCGCCGCUCACCACAAGUGCGCGCUGCUCAACCUGUCCGGCAAGGCCUCGCUUCGCUGAUACACCACAAGUGCGCGCUGCUCCACCUGUCCGGCAAGGCCUCGCUUCGCUGAUACGCCUAUCUAUUCAUUUAUUGUGUGUCAUGGCAUCCUGCUCUGUUGUAUCCCGUUCCUGGCCCCGUUUUUGACUGCAGACAUCAUAGACUGAGGUCGCAUGUAUAGUCUUAUGGCUGACUUCACGGGCAUAAUUACAGUUUGCUAUGUGUGAUUGGUUUAUGCUGAAUGCCAUGGUCGUGGAGUCACGAGAACAA